CAGAACAGUCGAGGUCUUUAUGAUGCAGCAGCAGCUGACUGCCUCAUGCUGAGGCCUCGUGACGUCACGACCUCUGACCUCUGCUCAUCUCUUCCCAGAUUCAGUGACGGAGAUAUGUCAGAUCGACAAAAUCAUGAGGUCAGUGCCGUGCUCAGAGUCUCUCGUCUGCCUCUGGUUCGCUCGGCGCUGCAGUCGGUGACUUCGGUGUACUCGGAGGUCACAGGUCGUUAUCCUCUGCUGGGGCUGAUGGGAGGAGCUGCCGAGGUCGGAGUUCGCAGCGUCUCCCUAGUGGCCAUGAAGCAAGCCACGCCCAUCCUGCAGAGCCUGGAGCCACAGAUUGAAGUUGCCAACAAUUUCGCUCAGUUCGGUCUCGACCGUUUGGAAAAGAACUUCCCGAUUCUGAACCAGUCUACUGACGAG